AUGUCUAAAGAAAUAUCUGAACUAGUACAGCAAUGCCAUAUUUGUAAUAUGUUUCAGAAUAACAACAGAGCGGAAAUUUUGCUGCCUCAUAAAAUAGCAGAAUACCCAUGGCAAAAACUUGGCAUGGAUUUCAUGGAAUUAAACAAAAACUUGUACCUGGUGGUAAUAGAUUAUUAUUCGCAAUUUCCUGAGUUAAUCCAAAUUAACAAUACUAAAGCAAAUACACUAAUUGUUCAACUCAAAUCUAUGUUUGCUAGGUAUGGCAUUCCAGAAAUAAUCUUUUCUGACAAUGGCUCUCCUUUUCAAUCUAAAGAAUUUCAAAAAUUUUGUGAAUGGUCAAUCGUUAACGAAACAUCGAGUCCAAAAUAUCCUAAAUCAAAUGGACUGGUUGAACGAAACGUACAAACUCUGAAGAAAAUGCUUAAAAAAUGCUUCAAAGCAAACCAAGAUCCUUAUGUUGCUCUUCUUAAUUUUAGAAAUACACCCAAAGGAAAAAUGCCAUCCCCGUCAAAUCUCUUAAUGUCUAGAAACCUAAGAACUAAAUUGUUUGUUCAAAAGUCAAACCUCCAAUCAAAGCCAAUCCCUUAUACUAUGUUUCACAAAUUGAAAUCAGAUAACAUUAAGGAAAUGAAAAAAUAUCACAAAGGCAAAGGAAAACUCUCCGAGUUAAAAAUAGGUGAUCCAGUUUAUUUCAAAAAAUCAUGGAAUGCUGAGUGGGAGAAAGGUUGCAUUGUAAAAAAAUGUAAACAACCGCGCUCGUAUGACAUUGUAAAUGAAGCAGGUAAACAAUACCGAAGAAAUAGAGUAUUCAUCAAACCUAAAAAAAGAAUAGCGCCUAAUCAUGAUAAAAAGCGUGAAGUUGAUCAAACGCUCACACCUAAACUCCAAGAAAAAUCGGCUAAUUGUUAUGAAAAUGAUUUUAUACUAAUUGAAGAAUGUCAAUCGCAACACCUCCCCCAAACUCCAACGUCGGAAAAAGAAUAUCUCUCGGCUGAAGAAGACUUAUCAUAUCUAUUCAAUUUAACCCCGGAAAAUAUUGAUAAUAUUAUUGUAGGUCCCUCUAACAACAUUGUGUCAGUAGAUCUAUCAGAGUUGGAUAUUGCACCAACUCAACCUUAG